CAAGAGUCUCGCACAAACACGUUCACUCUCACUUUGCCACUGGACUGCCAGAACACGUUCCUUCCUCUUCCCUUGUUGUUGUUGCCUUGCCUUCUUGCCUUGCUUGCUUGUUGUUCCCCCCUCUGUACCCUACCACCCAGCCCACCAGCAUAUCAGCAUCAUGUCUGAGCAGGAGGCGAAGAAGGCCAAGACGACGCAGGCCAUGCUGGAGAAGAGCCCCAAGGUGACGCCUGAGAUUUGCGUGGGGAACGUGGACAAGGCCAUCGAGCUGUACAAGGCAGCAUUUGGUGCCACGGUCAAGUUUGGGCCCUAUCGGGACGACUCUGGGAAAUGCGUGCACUGCGCCGUCAAGUUUGCCAACGGCGCAUGGAUCUUCCUCAUGGACGACUAUUUUGACACCGAAAGCAAGGCGCCCGAAUCCACUGCGGUGAAGACGAUGAACCUGUUUUUGUCGUUUGAGGAGGACAAGCUGUACCCUGCAUGGAAGCGUGCGCUGGCCAACGGCUGCACGGUGGUCACGGAGCUGAAAAAGCAGCAUUGGGGAGGCCACUACGGCUGUCUGGUGGACGAGCUCGGCAUCCGCUGGAGCUUCAGCGGCCUCUUUGAAGUGGAUACCCUGCCAGAGUCCCCAGACGAGGAGGGCGCAAAGGAGGGCACCGCCAACGACAAGGCCAACGCAGACAAGGAGACCAAGCAGUAGCCCAAUCUUCACCGCCGACGCUUGAAGGAGUGGGUAAGAGACAAGGGAGUGACCCUCGUUCUUGUGUUUUCUUCCCACUUCACUGGCACGCACACGCGUUGCUUCCCGUGCCUGCUGGUGUUCUCCUUCCACUUUUCCUCCGCUGACACGGUGCGUUACGUUAUGUUACGUUACAUGACCUCCCUCGCUUGCAUGACACCCCCCCCCCCCCCCGUUUAGGUUUUUUUUUUUCCUUCU